AUGGCACUUCCACCUGUGAUCAUCUUCGACCCGGUCAAGCAUGACUACCUCACACCUGCAUUUGCAUUCAUCCAUGAAGACUGUAUCGAAACAGACAACACUCUAGCAACAUUCCAUCCUCCCUUCCAACACGUCAAUCUCGAAACACCCGAUAUCAGAGUUCUUGAGUAUUGGAAGAACAACGUUGCUAGAGUCACUGAAGGCACAAAAAUCAUGUUUAUGCAGAUGGUAGUUUCUGAAAGCGGUCAGGAGGAAUUGGCAGGAUAUGUUGCCCUCGGAAGCCAGGCUACUGAGACAGGACCAUUCAGAGGCAGUGUCGAAAAGCUCCUGGUCAGCCCACGCUACAGACGUAUGGGCAUCGCGAAGCGCCUCAUGUCAAAGCUGGAGGAGGUGGCACUGAUGAGAGGAACUACUUUGCUGGUAAGAAAANCUCUCGAUACCGAGGCUGGCAGUCCCGCAGAAGGCGUUUACCCUCGGCUUGGUUACACUCGUCUCGGCGCCAUUCCGAGAUAUGGGUUGUCUCCCAAGGACGGAAGGUUGGUUGAUGAAGUCUUCUUCUAUAAGGAUCUCAGGUCGACAUGA